AUUUUCGUAUUUAAAUAAGGUUAUGUCAUGUUGUUUGUUGAUGUUUCUAAUUUAUCCUAAAAUUUCUCUCUGGGGAUUGAGAUUUUUUUAUAACCAUCCUCUUAUUAGUGAGCAACUCUAAUAGUAUAGUAAUAGUAAUUUAUGGUGACUUCAUAAAAUGUUCAUCUAACUCCAUCCGAAUGUCAUCCUUUACUUUUUCAAACAAAGUCUUUACUCCGAGUCCUCCAGACAAAGGGAGUUUUCCCUUAGACCAUGAGGGUCAGUGUAAAGGUGUCAUGUUAAAAUACAUGUUUUGCUUGAAUGAUCAUAGAAACAACAAUUCUGAAUGUCGUGAACAAAUCAAAGCCUACUUGCAAUGCAGAAUGGAAAACAAUCUCAUGGCCAAAGAGGAUUGGGCUAAACUAGGACUCAGUGACAUAGAAUUGAGUAAUCAAGGAAAAGUGUCAGGAACUGAUUAA